AUGUAUCGGGGCAAAGAGGAGAUGUCUGGCAGCAGGGCGAACAUUGUGUCCAUCCUCAACAAUGACAACAAUCCAUCAUUUGCUGUCCGGUCCAACUCCAACAAAACUAGUGGGAAUUCUUUUGAUUCCUCAAAAUCCGAGCAGCAACAUCUCCCACCCGUCAGCGACCUGCAGUAUUCACGUCCCUUUGCUUCUUCCGAGUCCCCCACUGCAUCACCCCGAGGGCUUGGACAUCUUUUCGACCCCGUGAGCGAAGUAGCGCAGCCCACUUCACCAAAUUCUUCUGAGGGUUCCGCUUAUGAAUACCUACUAAGCCAACCUUCAUCAAUCGGCUACCACCCGUACGCGCGGCAGGACCUGCGACGGGACCCAUAUCAAUAUUCAUCACGGGGCCCCGCUCCACCUCGAACACCACCAGAGAUUCAUUCCUCCACCCCAUCAGAGAAACAAUCAUCUUCCCAGUCUAGUGGUAGUACUCGCGGCACGGGGAGAAAGAACAAGUACCCAUGCCCAUACGCAGCGAGUCAUGGCUGCUCAGCUACCUUCACUACAUCAGGCCACGCAGCUCGACAUGGUAAAAAGCACACAGGCGAGAAGAGUGUGCAUUGUCCCAUUUGCAACAAGGCAUUUACCCGCAAAGACAACAUGAAACAACAUAUCCGUACCCAUCGCACACACUCCGACGACAUGCGCUCUACUACCUCUGAACCAGACUCCGAGACUCGAUGGGCCUUAACCCGACCCGACUCUGGCUAUGCGACUACUUCUCACCAUCGUACCAUCAGUCAAACUACCGAUGCCUCCAUGCCUCCGCCCAGUGGUGGACCGCGUCCACCAUCAUGA